ACGUCACAGCUGAGGAACGCCCCUCAGGUCUGAGAAAGGAAAGUGAAACAUACAGAGCGCUUCGGCAGAGCUGAAGAUACACACAAAUAACUUUGAUAGCUGGACUCCUGCUGUCAUUCCACAGACUUGUAUGUCCAGGAUGUCUUCAGAUGAGGAUUUCUCACUGGUCUCUGAUGACGAUCCAUCACACAACCUCAAAUCCCUUCAGAAAGAUAUCGAGAAGUUGAAGGCAGCAUACAAUGACAUGAUCAAGGAAUGCAAGUUUUUACAAGAUGCCAAAGACAUGAACAUCAGGUUUACUCAGGAGUUCCUGCAACGAGUGGACAUCGCGAGAAAGCGUGUGGAGGAUGAUAAAAUGACCCAAACUAAAGCACUGGAGAAGGAGCAGGAAAGACUGUUAGAGCUAAAAAAGGAGGAGAAGCGACUGAAUACAGAGAUUCUGAAAAUCCAGCAGGAGCUACAUAAAAUGCACGAAACCCACCAGAGCUUGAAACAACAGACUGAGGUGUCCACUGCAGUGCCGGAGAAGAAGGUUGUGUUUAACGGAGAGACGGGCAAUGAAGCUGACACGCUGAGCUUCGAUGUAAAGCCUCGCAUCAUCUACCCCAUGGAGGGAGGCACGGCAUUUAUCACCUUCGAGGAGGAAGAAGUUGCUGAAAAGAUCUUAGCUCUGAAGGAGCACAUGGUACAUCUCGGGGAAUGUACCAUCACUGUGAGGGCUGAGCCAGUGCACUUUCUGGUCCCAGCUGCUCUUGAGAUGGACACCCAGGUUUGUCCUCAACGCAUCCUUGUCUCCAACCUGCCCAAGAAAGAGAGCAUGGAUCGCAUCCUGGACAAGCUGGAGAUUCAUUUCUCCAAGUCGAGAUAUGGAGGAGGCGAGGUGGAGGAGGUCGACAUGCUGGAAGAUUCUGGCAACGUGGUCAUCAAAUUCAUAGAUAGCAACAUUGCCAAAGGUCUUACAGAUAAACAGGUGCAUGAGAUUGAGAUGGACAAAGGAAAGAAACAUAAGGUGAAAGUCACGCCCUUUCUCAACGGCGAGAUCACGCUUCUCAGGACGUGCAACACGACCUGCUUGAAGACUGUGUUGCUGACUGGAAUCCCUGCCGUCAUGGAGAAGGAGAACCUGCAAGACCUGCUGGAGAUCCACUUCCAGAAAUCUGCCAACAGCGGAGGAGAAGUGGACGCAAUCAUCUACAACCCAGUGGGGGAGAGAACCCUCGCAGUGUUUGAAGAGGACAAUUCCAAACCAGAGAAGAACCUGUAAAAUGGACUAAAGCUAAUGCCGAUACUGGGGAUUUAUAUAACGCACUUUCUUGGAGGUCUUUCACCUAGACACGUACCAAUCACAAUACCGCUCAUGAUUACGUCAUGAUUACGAUUAUGAAAAUAUUUAAAAUAAAUGAUAUUUUAUUCUGCCCUUGUUAGCGUGGACAAUAUUAGCAUGUGACCUCCAUUAGCUUUACAAAUUCAUGAAAAGUUAUGAAGGUUUGGAUGUUAAAGUAACAGGGCUGUGGUUUGUAGCUGAUUAGCAGCCGUGCUAAUGACAUGAAGACAUUAAGGAGAAUUUACGAAUAAUUUAUUCGUUAUUUUAUUUUUAAUCUGUAAUUUUGGGAAAGCGGGCUGUACUUUCUGAACCUCAGCCAAUAUACCACUGAAAAAUAAAGAAAUUUCUUCUUCAGAUGAAGAAUGUCUGACUUCAGAAUGCGGGAGGGGGAUGUACUCGGGCCUAUUGGGUUAUUUUAAGCCAAUUAGCAAACCGUUUCACUUAAGACUUUUUUUAAACUGAUCGAGCUAGCAGAUAGGAAACAUUUUUUAGAUAAAAUCCCUCACAUGAGCAUUGUUUUUGUGUGUAUAUUGUUAGAAAUCCAGCUAGAAUAGCAUAACGUGGCUUGCUAGCCAUCUAGCCAUGUGAGUGUGUUCCAUCAUAGAGGUAACUGUGCUUAAAACGUGCUAAUGGAGCUGAAAAACUGUUUGAACUUUUGAACUAUUAAGUGAUAAUUCUUGAUGUUGGAGCAAGAUAUCAGACACAGCUAGCUAGCAAGUUAACAGGUACACUGUGGUUAGGUUAGCUAGCUAAACUUGGCUUCUACUGGUUAAUCUAAAAUAACAAGCAUGUUCCAAAAACCUUUCCUCAAAAUUUACAACGACAGAAACACAACCUCCUGGGUUUUUUUUUUUAUAUACUUUUAUUGUAAAAACACAGUAACAGCAAGACGAAGUGUAACAGCCGACCAUCCCGAAUCGCUCGUGUACAGUACGUCAAAAUAAAAGUCUUAAGCAGAACCUCAUGCAAAGUGAAGCAAAGCAACCAGCUCUAGCGUUCAUCAGGCACUUAGGAGAAGGAAAGAAAGGCAAUGAGAUGGCUUAGGAGGAGAAUAAAGACAAAAAAAAAGAGGCAAAAAUUCAGGAAAAUUCAUUUCCUGAUAUGAUAAAAGAAAACAAUAAAAACUUAAAAUCAAGUUUUAACACGUAUAGGAAGCUAGUGCAAUGGCUUUAUGAGUAUGAAGGACUUGUUUUGCUAAUAUCAUCAUCACUUUAGUGCAGAGGUGUCAUGGAGUGUUUUUCUGUGAUUCAACCUCCUCAACUUUAAGUUUCAACUUAAUGCUCGUGACCUUUAAACUCAUCUUAUAGAAAUAUCUGCAGCAGGUAUCUUAAAUCAUCCGCACUCUGAAGAAGUGAUGUACAUGACCUUAAAUCAGGAGUGAUCUGGUGUCCUGCCUUUCCAGCUCUCUCUCUCUCUCUCACACACACACAAAAAC